AAAUGUCAUUAUUCUCAUUAUCAAAUGCUAGCGAAAAAAGGCUAUUUUUGCAAUAUUUUGUGGUGAACGGCCUGUUUAAAAAGGAAGCACUUCCGAGAAACUACCAUUCCGUGAGUCAUAUGACGACAAGCUUCAGAUAUGGAAAAGAAAUCCGUGCAAAACUCCUGGUACUGCGCAUUUGUUCUACAUGUAUCAAUACAUCCAAUAGCGAUUAUGGUUCCAUAUGCACUGACGUGUAUGAACCCGAUGAUACCUGUCAUUGAACGCCUAUAUAAUGAAACCUAUAUGAAUCGCCAUGGAGAAGAGUUGCCUGAAAACACUUGGACAUUACUUUUAUCAAUGACAAUGUCCAUGGUUCUGAUUGGGGCGUUUGUUGGUUCUUUGUCCUUUAAACUUCUUCUUAAUUGUCUGACCAGAAAACAAGUGAUGAUUACAUUGCAUGUAUUAAAUGCAAGUGGGUAUGUUAUAAUAGCAAUUGGAGGUGGAAUUUGGGGAGCCUAUGAAGCAUUUGUGUUGGGGAAAUUUGUAACCGGAUUAGGACUUGGCCUCGGAUUGAGUAUAAUACCUCUGAUCAUCAACGAGACAAGUGUACCACACCGACGCGAGUUCUAUAGCGCCGUAUUUGGUACAAGCAUGUCUUCAGGAUCAGUAAUUGGCGUAUUUGUUGGCUGGUCGAAGGUACUAGGAACCGACGAAACGUGGGUAGGAGUUAUGCUUUUUGGAAUGAUUACAUCUGCAGUAUAUUUGGGUGGAGUUUAUUGGAUAGAAGAAACACCAUAUCAAGCAAAGCUAAAGUACGGAAACCAACAGGCUAAAAGAAUUUUGGAAAAACUUAGAAGUGGCGGAAGAUUCAGUUCAGAUCUCGAAAUGGAAAUGAAGUCACUUUUAGGAGAAACCAGUGAUGGAUCUACCGAGGGUGGUGUAGCAACACUUUCCGAGGUCUUGACGACACCCCAGUACAGACGACAUUUCAUUGGUUCCAUAGUUCUGUUCUCUUAUAUGAUGAUCUGUGGACUGAACAACAUUCUCUUCUUCUCGGAUCAAAUAUUUUUAAGCGCCAACGUUGAUCCAGAAGUUGUGACACCGGCAACCCUGGGAGUUCUUUCAAUGGGCCCGAUCGUUUCAGUCGGAGGGAUGUUUCUCCUGAAGUUUAUUGAACCAAAAAAGCUUCUGCUGUUUGGAAGUGUUGUCAUGAUAUUAGGAGAUAUAUUCAUGACAACAAGUCAGGCGACAUACGAACAGAUUCCAGCUAUGACCUAUGGAGCUAUUGCUGCAGUUUUUGUAUUUUAUUUUGGCUAUAUGUUUUUAAAUCUGCUUGCUCUCAUGAUAGUUGGAUCUAUCACAAUAGACAGAACACGUCCUGUAUGUACAAACAUAGGUGGAGCUGCCUUAUGGUUUUCAGCUUGGCUUGUUGGAUUUUUAGCCACAUAUUUGAAGAUCUGGAUUGGUCCGUUUGCUUUUCUUGUCUGGAUGGGGUUCACUAUCAUAAUAACCGUUUACAUCAUAUUUUAUCUACCCAAUACAAAAGGAAAAACAUCUGAGGAAAUUCAAGAAUUUUAUAAAAACAAUUGAUGUGAAAAACUUGACUGAAACAACGUAAAUAUGGCUGCUUUUCAGUCUCAAUUAAAAAACAUCUGUGUGCAGAUGAAUUAAUUUGUUCAUAUCUUGACGAAAGUUGUCAAUCAGAAUUAAGUCAACGUAAAAAUGUGAUUUUCGUUCGCAUUAUUCAUAUUCAGGUAUUUUUUUACAUAACGAAUGCAGUUGCAAAUGCAAUUACUUGAAUUUUCUACGAAUAAUUUUUACGGCGACAAGAGCAGCGACUCAGCGAGCAUAUCCUCUAUUGUUGGUUCGUAGCCCAUGGCUACCUAUAAACAUUGAUGGGUGCGUGAUGGGCACACAGCAAGGGCGAAUUUUUUAGUAGAACCCUGAAUAUUGUGGUUUUUGUAUGAUUGUGAUUGCUGCCAGAAGCAAAAUGAUUUAUUUGAUGUUAUAAUAUUUGACAACGUUACAUUAUCGCAUGUAUUGUGUGUGUAUGCUUUCUCAGUACUAUUAACUGCUCUACGUCUCCUGAGGUAGAUAAAUGGGCAGAAUAUAUAUAUUGUUUAUAACCAUAUGUAUAUAGCCUACGUAUCUUAAAAAAGUUUGUAAUAUAUAAUGAUGCCAUUAUUUUUGGAAGCUUUAUCUGAAAACUAAAAAUGCUUCUGCGGGGCACAUCUAGGUACUAACACGCAAAAGUCGUUUAAAAAUCCCGCAGACUUUUUUGUAACUUAAAACAAUUGGCUCAAAUUUCAAAUGAUAUGAGAUUCUUUUACAAAUAUUCUUAUAUCCUUGAUCAGGCAAAGAAUACUAGAAGAGAAUUCUCCUAAACACAACACUGCUAUUGCAAAAGUGAAUAUGUUAGACUAAGCCGAGGAACAGUAUUUUAUAUAGUUCUCCCUUUCUAUGGCUGUGGGAUUUAUUUGAAGCGAAGCAUGUAUAGUAUUUUUAUCUAGUUCUCCAAAUAUAAAUCUCCCACGUGAAUCUCGCUUUAACUUCUCUUUGAAUUCUGCAUCUUCAACAACAAGCAGAACAACGAAAUAGUGUUUCUUUGUGAUGGAAAUUCCCAUCUUCGAUACAAUAGACAAGCUCGAGAUGUUGACUAUCAUAUAUAUAUGCCGAAAGCGCUGCUCAUUUUUUAAAAUUCGUGUUCAGCUGAAAAUGAUUUGAAUAAUUGCAGCCAUGAAAUAAGAGUCUACUAAUUUUCUCUCCACAACAUUGUACUGAUAAGUAUGACGGAGUCAAUUUGAUCCUAUCGAAAGCAUUAAAUCAUCGAUUCGGUUUUGAAUUUUUUUUCAAUCAUCUACCAUUUCGAUUUAAAAAAGUUACGCAUUUUUGGAUAGUCAUUCAUUGUGGUUAUUGGACACAUAGUAGGCAUAUAUAUGGAUCCCUUUGUUAUUGGACACGUUCAGUGGACAUAACGAUCGUUUCAAUAUUUUGUUGUUGUUCUUGUUGUUAUUAUAUUUCGUCAUCAUUAUAAAAUCGCUUUUCUCUUCGAAUAUUGAACCAAUUGCUUUAAGCAAUUGCUUGCUUUUCAGUGAGUAAAGAUCAUAUUUUUCGCUAGAAGGCUAUUACUUUCAUUUAUCAAUGUAUUGUGCGCUAUUACGCCAUCAUAAUUUGCCACUAUGUGGCGCAACGUGUUCAUAUAUUUGAGCAUAGCUCUCUUGUUAUGUUUUUGUUAGAAUUUUUCUUCCUGCCACUUUUUAAAAAAUCGCUUCUCUCUCUUUUA